UGGCCGGCUACCUGGGGCCGGGCAGCGGCAGUCUGACUUAGGCCAGCAGCGUGGAGCUGCUUUUGGCAGCGUGGGAGUUGCCAAGCAAUGGUAGCGUUUAAAUAUGCUACCGUGGGGGCUGGACAGCGGUAGCAGUCCCAGGCCAGCAGCGCUAGCUGCAAUCGCCGUCGGCCACGCGCGUGGCCAUGGCAACGGUAGCAUUUUGGUAUACACAAUUAGCAGCUAAGUAGCCCACUAGUACCUGCACACCCUCGGCCAUUUAACCCAACCUCAUCUUCUGUUUUUAUUAUAGGCACGGGCACCCACGGCUCGGUGGCCCGUGCCUCUCCUUGGCAUAUCGCGGGAUAAUUACAUUUAGUACUAACGACUAAAUGACUUUAUCGCGCGUAUCCAAACCAUGGGCUAAUUACGUCUGUAACCCAACCACCCCUCGUAACCCAAUCACCCCGGGCCACCACUCGGCACCGUGCCCGGGGAAUAAUCCCGCGCAAGCAUCAUCCCCGUCUUUGUUAGUCGGUCAUUCGCGAGCAACCCUUCCCCAAGUACACACGUGUGUCACUAUAUCAAACUUGGAGCAGACCGAGCUCAAGGACCCGUAUGCAUCCUUAUGUAAGCUUAUGUGCAAAUGCCGACCGGUUGCAACCGAACAGUGAACAAGUAUGUAAGCUGCAGCAAUCGCCUUCCUGAGCAACACCCAUAUGCUGUGCAUUAACUGGGCGCUUUUCAGAGAACUGUACUUUAAGCUAAAUGAAUGUAACAUCGCCUUAUUGAAGAUGGAGCCAGAUUUUCAACUUCUACAACACUGCUCCAUCAGGGAUGAGGAAAAGAAGCAACGGUGAAACCAGCAUUCGUGAAGAGACGGCAAAAAUGUGUUCCCAGCCGACCUAUGGAAGACCUGUUCAUGCAACAAAGAUCUCACAGACGGGUUACCUCUACAACAGCUUGAAAGCUGUUGGUGUCCAACUCCCCUCCUUCGGUGGUGUCUUCCAGGCCCAACAGUGCUGUGCUUGUGCUUGUCGGGGGUUCGAUCUGUCGGACUUCAGAGCAACUUUUUCAGGAUGCGAUGGAUUGAAAGGACAUUCCAUUCCCCAUGUAUUCAAAAUUUACAUGAAAGGCAGCCAGCUAACUUUGGCCUACAAAGACUGGCCUCUACCCAGUGAAGUUUACCGGGAAACUCCGAUGAACUUGACUGGCAUGAACCCACAACUCGCUGUUGUAAGGCCAAUGUGUAGCACGGUCAAUGACAUCAGAACAGCCAUGUUCAGGGAUCUUCCCAAACGGAGAGAUUCAGCCCGCCUUCAGCCUUCUGAGAUAGAUGACUGGGAAAGCUACUUACAGUCCUGUCUACAACAAUAUACCCUGAAGUCGAAUUCAACGACUUUGACAACUACAAUACUGCACCAACAGAAGAUGGACGACUACCUGAAAAUUUGAUGGCAGCACUUCAGAAAAGUCAAAGAAAAAUAACCAGAAAGUCCAAGGUUCGUGAAUACAAUGUUAUUUG